AUGGGCACGCUCACAGGUGAUGUACCGCGACUAGACUCGCAUUGCCCACAUAAACUCGCGACUUCGUGCAGACUGACUGCGACGCCCAACUGCUGUGCAUGCGCAGAUGAGAGGCCACAUUCACAAACCUACCGUGUAUACAUUGAUGGUGUAGGAUUCGUACAGCGAGGAACACGGUGGCAGGGCUACUGCUGGUUCUGCAAAGAAUUCUGGACCAAUCGUCUGGCGGCCACAGACCCUCCUCUCGAGAUAUCGCAAACACGUAUACCUGACGUGCCAGACCAGACUGAAUUCCUUGCUCGAUGGAACGAGUUCUACCAAGGCUACCAAAUUGAGACGCUUGCAGAUGGUACUGAGCAAUGGUCAGCGGUGCUUGGUGAGCGGUUCAGCAACGUCAGCCCUGGCUUUCUACCGCGGACGCGGGCCCUGCUCGAAGCGGGAGUGAGAAAUGACGCUCGCAGGCCAGGAAAUAGGUUCGCUAGGGGGCGACUGCCAGAAGAAGAGAGCCAACCAGAAGCGCCACACCAGAAUAUAGAGGAUUCUUUGGAUAGACUGCUCCAGCAAGCUGCAGAUCCCGAAGACGACACUUGGGCGAUGCUGCAGGAAACUGUACGGAAUCGUUCCAACAAUUGGACGGUGGUACAUGAAGGGCGGACUGUGUCGGCAAGACUUUGGACGUCGUUACAGGAAGAAGAGAUUUUACUAGCGUCAACCUACGCGGACGAGAUUCCUGAGAUGAACGCUCCCGAGCCGCCACGCCCAUUCACUCGACAGGACGCUCAGCUACUGCGCCGACGGGAGCACUUCCGACGCCUUUUUGGUAGCCGCGAAGACGUCCAACGAGAAGACUACGAAUCCCCGGUGGCAGCCAUGUACAGCAGAGCCGACGCACGGUAUCGACAGGCGGAAGAGCGACGGGCGGUAGCGCCAGUAAUUGGAGACGAUAUUUCUGUCCAAGAACGACGAGAAAUCGAGGAGCAACUCUUGUGGGGCGUAAUGCAAGACUCACAAGCCAUGUCAGAAAGCCUCGAGCGUGAAGGUGACGUCUGGAGCUAUACACCGGUUCCCGUGGUGGACCAACUCACAGUACCCGAAGACUCAGUCGAAGACGUUCCCCUCGACCGCACCAGCCCAUCCAUCGAACAUCUGACCUCCUUUGUGGAGCAUAUCGAGCGCAUGUCCGAUGCCUUUGGACGACCUGGCAACCCACCCACAACUACACCCUCCACAACCGCCGCCACCAACCCUUCCCUCACCGCAACCUCCUCCUCCUCACCCCUAGCUACCACUACCCCAGCAACACAACCCACACCGCGCCACCCAUCGGACCUAUCCGACAUCCGCACCUCGCUCGCCCACAUGACCUCGGAACUCGCCCGUCUCCGCCUCGUCUCCUCCAACCUGGCCACCGCCCGCCGCAACCCCCGCGUGCUCCCCCAGCCCUCCCCCAGCCUAGACAACCAGCCCGACCGGCCGCCACCCGCCACAGAUGCCGAAAUGACGAAGCUGCUAGCCUGCCAAGUGUGCUACCAGCAGCUAGCUGACACCGCCCUACUGCCGUGCGGACACAUGGUCAUGUGUCGCUGGUGUGCGGAUGUCGUGGUCCCCGUGCGCCAUGCCCAUAUCCCCGUGGGCGUGGUAAAGUGUCCGAUGUGUAGGAAGGUGGUGAAGCAGCGAUUUAAAAUCCACAUGUGA